AUGGUUAUGAAGAUGUUUAUACAAAAGAUAUUUAUAUUCAUUAAAAAAUGUAUAGUUCUGACUGCUGGUAUAGCUUGUCUUUUGAUAACACUUUCAAGUGUCAUACAUCUCAUUGAUUUCUUAUCAUGGUUUUCAGAGAGAACCGUUAAUAUCAACAACAAUAACACUUCAAUCGCUGUAAAUAAUAAUAAUGACAAUAAUAAAGAAACAACUACUACUACAAGUAAUAGCAACAACACUACAAAUGUAGAUAAUAAUAUAGAUUUAGAUAAACAAUUGAUAAAUAAUAUAGUUUUAAUUGUGUUGUUUAUGUUGCAACAUAGUUUGAUGGCUACUGACAUGGUGAAACAACUGUUUCAAUCAUCGUCUAGAGCUAUCAAUAGUCUACAGAGAUCAUUCUACCUUCUAGCGACAUCGAUUAUGAUUGAAGUGAUCAUUAAAUUCUGGCAACCACUCGAUUCAUUGGUUGUAUGGACGAUCGAUGAUCUCAAACCAUACUGUCUCACCAUUAAAUUCAUAGCUACAAUAAUCAUUCUCUUGGAAUUCAUCUCAAUAUUCGAUAUAUUUGAAUUCACAGGUUUAAAACAAAUAUAUAAUUAUAUAACCGAUAAAGAGGAUGUAGAACAACAACAACAACAACAACAACAAUAUAAAGAUAAUAAUAAUAAAGAAGGAAAGAUAUUAAAAAAGAUGAGACAUCCAACAUUGAUUGGAUUUAUGCUGUUGAUGUGGUCAAGUCAUAGAAUGACAAUCGAUCUUCUAGCACUAUAUUCUUAUUUAUAUUAUAAAGAAUAG